AUGCAAAGUGUAAGAGAGAUGCACCCUGCGCAGGUAGUGCGGCCAGAGUUUUUGCAAAAAAUAACACACAAUGAGUUGGAAAGUGUGGAUGUAGAGGUUGGAAAACAUUUACCACAAAAGGACUUUUCAGAUAUUUUUGCAUGGAGAACUGUGAAAGGGCUGCGGAUGAUUGCUGAUGUUGUAUUUUAUAGGAGGUAUGUGCACAGGGCGAUUGUUUUGGAGACGGUUGCUGCUAUUCCUGGGAUGGUUGGGGGGGUGAUUCGCCACUUAAAGUCGCUUAGAAACAUGAAGGAUGACUCUAAUAUUAGAAUACUUCUAGCUGAGGCAGAGAAUGAAAGAAUGCACUUAAUGACAUGGAUGGAGGUAGCAAAGCCGUUGCUUAUUGAAAGACUGAUUGUAAUGGGUUUGCAGGGCGUGUUCUUUAAUGCGUAUUUGCUGCUGUAUCUUAUUUCAAAGCGGACUGCGCAUCGGCUAGUUGGAUAUUUAGAAGAAGAGGCAAUUAUUUCGUAUACAGAAAUGGUUAAGGAAAUUGAAGCAGGAAUAAUUCCAAAUGUACCAGCGCCUGAAAUAGCAAAGAAGUAUUGGAAUCUACCCAGCAAUGCUACAUUAUUGGAUGUAACCCUUGCAAUCCGUGCAGAUGAGGCCACCCACAGAGAUACAAACCAUGAAAUAGCAAAUGAGCUGGAUGGAAUUGAGUGAUUUACUUGUUCGCAUAUAUCUAUCCAUCCACACGCAUAAAAGAUAUGAAACGUGCUAUUUGUAUAUAAGAGAAUUAAUUCUUUUACGGUAGUUUGUAAAUAGGGUAUUUUUAACACUAUUUUUAGAAUUAAUUGGUUAACCCUUUACUAUAGCAAUUUACAUUAUUUUAGUAUAUGCUCGUUUUUAAUAGAAGUAUUGUAUAAAGCUUCGUUUUUCGUGUGCAUUUGCGCUUCAAGUUGACUGCAUGGCAGAUUAUUUUAAAUAGCUGUUUGGAA